AUGGGAAAUAAAGUUGCCAUUUUCACUGAUCAGCAAAUUGAGAACUAUCAGGACUGCACCUACUUUACCAGGCAGGAAAUUUUGGCUGUUUUCCGGCGGUUUCGAGACCUGGAUCCAAAGUUGGUGCCAAUGGUGAUGACCGGCGAUCAGCCGAGCACUGUGGUCAUGCCACUGGAGACGAUACUGAAAAUGCCUGAAGUAAAGGAGAAUCCCUUCAAAGAGCGCAUCUGCAAGGUCUUCUCUCACGACGGCAGCGGCAACAUGAACUUUGAGGACUUUCUCGACAUGCUUUCAGUUUUCAGCGAAUCGGCGCCUCGUAGCGUAAAGAUGUACUACGCGUUCCGCAUCUUUGAUUUCAACGGUGACUCGCUGAUCACUGAAGAGGACAUUACUCAGGUGGUGACCGCCCUGACGCGUGGUGAACUGGGACCCGAUGAGGUGAAAAUUGUCUGUGAGAAGGUGCUUGAAGAGGCUGAUAUGGACGAUGACAAAGCCAUUUCACAGACAGAGUUUCAACACGUCAUCACCCGUUCACCGGAGUUUAUCAA